AUGUCGAUCUUCUAUGAUCUUGUCAGCGCGAGUGAGAUUGGAGAUGCCCACAAGAUAGAACUUCAAGGUUAUCCAGAGGACGAGGCAGGAAGCCUCGAGACCUUCCGAUACCGACAGUCCCAGGCACCAGACCUCUUCCUAGGUGCCUACGUCCCCACAGGCUCCGGACGGAGGCUCAUAGGCUAUAUCUGUUCGACCCUGUCCCCGGACACGACCCUGACACACGCCUCCAUGUCCAAACACGUCCCAGGCUCCUCCUCGGUCUGCAUUCACUCCGUUUGCGUCGCCCCGGAAUACCGCAGGCAGAAGGUCGGCCUGGGCCUCCUCAAAGAAUACGUCUCCCGGCUUUCCUCCACCUCCUGCGAUGACUCAAAGCCCUACGCGCGCAUCUUGCUCAUUGCACACCAAGAGCUGCGCAGCUUCUACGAACAAGCGGGCUUCGAGUGGGUCGGUCGGAGCGCCGUCGUACACGGACCCCGGCCGUGGUUCGAGAUGCGCAAAGAGUUUCAGCCGCAGAACGCCAGUCCUGACCUGGCAGCUACGAGUCAACCACUCAAUCUCUCCAUAGCCAGAACUAGUGAAGACGUCUCGUCCGGCACACGUCCCUCCGCGUCCGCCUCACAGGAACCCGCCCAAGCACAGACGCAGACCGUCCCCCCAGGCCUCUGGGAAGCCCUCCAACGCCAAUCCUCCCGCGCACGGCCCGUCGCGCGCCCGCUCACCUCCUUCCCGAACGCAGCGCAGGACGUCGUCUCGGACGCGGACGCGCAGGGCCCUCCGUCAAACAAGCAUGACCUGCUCUGCCCUCGCCUCGGCUGCGGCAGCGUCAUCCUCAAGGCUGGCGCAGCGAGCUGGGUCGAGCGCGCGAGCGUCCAGCUGGACCCCCCCGCGGGGCGGCACGCGCUCCCGGAGGUGUUGGGGAGGCUCCCGGACCCGCCGGCGACGGCACAGUGGUGGCUCGUGCGGGGGAGCGCGAUGGCGUUCGAGAACAUCGGGUUCUCGAGGCCCGUGCAGCAGACGGCCCCGAGCGGAGGUCGGAUGAAGCUGCUCGCUUGUGCCGAGUGUGACCUCGGACCCCUCGGGUGGUGUGAGGAGGGCGGAACCGAGUUCUGGCUCGCGUCUAACCGGGUAGGGUAUCGUGCUUGAACCGGUCGGAGAAGAGUAGAGGAAUCGAUGCCGAGGACACUAAUGACUAAAGAGAAGGUGUAAGAUUGGCAGUACUGCAGUCAAUAGCUAGGAGGCGCAUGCAAUUGCGAGUGCGAAUCGGGACGCUGCGUGGCAGAACUACGUGCUGUGCUGCAGGGUCGGGACGGAGAUGCAAAUUGCGAUUGAGUUGAAUUAUCGGAAGCCGGCGGUUGUACGAGCGAGAUUGAAAUGGUCGCAUUUUGAGCCCUGAUCUGGAGAGUACGUGAUACGAAGACGUCAUCGGUCCUACCAAACGCUUCUUAGGCGCGUCUGUCGGACGCCGGCCACACAGAUGCCGACCGGGGUACGCAACGUGCGUCCACAGUAUUCGCGAUUGCGCCGUUUGCGGGAGUGUGUCAUAGUCCUGCCUGUUCGCAAU